AUGUCAGCUUUCGAUGACUCAGCGGCAACGGCAACGACAGCGGCAGCGGCAGCUACAACCAGCCUUGUGCCGCAGGCGUCAAUGUCUCACCAGAGCGAGCUCAGCCAUCACAAAGAUACGACGGCUCCUGCAACUGAUAUUCCUACUGCUGCUACCACCACCGCUUCUGCCGCUGCUGCAGCUGCUGCAGCUGCUGCCGACUUGGACCUCAGCGUGGUUCAAGAUCCCAUCUUGGAACUUUGCCCAUCCCUCGACCUUCUCAAGCGCAUUGCCCGCUCCGCCUCUCUUGAUCUUCAACUCAAACGCACCAAACUGACCAAGGCGCUGCUGCGUGCUGCCAGCAAUGGAGACACCGACAUGCUCUCCUGGCUCCUUGACUCGAGAGCUGAAGCGCGGCAGAUCAUCUCACAGUCCGGCACAGCCUCCAGUGGCAGACCCAAGAUUGCUUUUGAUCAGAUUCGGGACGAAGAAGGCACAGGCCCGGUCGUGCUAGCCACAUGCGCCGGCCACAUUGAUGCCGUCACCAUGCUUGUAAUCAAUGGUGCAGAGAUCGACGAGAGGGAUGCAUGCGGCUGGACUCCUCUUAUGUGGGCCAUCAACAGUUCCAACUUGCCUCUGACCAGCUUCUUGCUCGACCGUGGCGCAAACAUCGAUGCAAAGAGCACAAAGGGCACCACAUGCGAAGACUUUAUCCUGUCGGCAGCGCCGGAAGCAGCUUUCUCCACGCCGAUUGGCGCAGAUCAGACCGGCUCGAUCCUCUCAGCUAAACCUGCUUCUACAGAGCAGGAAGCCAUUGCUGAUCUCAUCUAUGAGCAUCAGCGAUACAUCUCUGUCCAGCAAUUGGCCGCUCAGCGCCUCAAUAGUCUCUAUCUUGAUACCUCACCCGACUGCCAAAAGCAGCCCUCCCCUUCGGACAGCGAACGUCAGAGCAACAACACCAGCCCGAUACGCCCACAGCGAAGUCCGUUACCAUCAUCUUCAGCAAGCGCCUUCAGACCUGGCCACUCGAGAACCAGCUCGCAGCUCACACAAAGGAGACUCGUCGGACGCUACGAGCGAGCCCAUCUCGCCGAGCAAAAGAAUCGACAAAAGGAACUCAGCGAUACUCGCAGGAUUGCGCUCGCCGAUAUCGCCACUCUCCUCGAACUCGACCUGAACACGCUGAUCGGCGAACCUAGCACCGCCGAUACGUCGUCUGCCUCUGGUGUCGAUGAGCAUACAGGUUCCUCCAACACCUUUGCGCGUCGUAGAAGAAGAGGAGCUGCUGCUGCAAAGACAGCUCAUGCAGAUCUGGCCUCGGGUUGUGGUGCUGCUGAAGUCGGCGCUGAUCUUCUCUCGGUCGAAUUCGACUGGAAAAGGGUCCGCCACGACCAGAUGCUCGUCUUCGGAACCGCCGACCUCGAACCACUGCUUGACUUGUUGAUUACCAACAUCAAGCCUGUCCGCGCUCCCUGGACAUCGCGCGCCGCUCCCGCAAACGUUGUCUUUCUCUGCGCCCGAUACGCCUGUUGCCUGCAAGACGAGGAUCUACUGGAAGAGCUCUUCCUCGGCGCAAUCGACCGAAUCGAAGGUGUCAUCUACUCGAACCCGACCGACAUGACCCAUCUCGCCUUUUGGCUCUCCAACUGCUGCCUUCUCUACUACUACAUGGACAAAGAUCGGACGCUGCGCAAUUCCAAGUCGGUCAAAGAGUACCGUAGCUUGCUCGCCGACUUGCUCAACGAAAUCUUUGUGUUUAUCAUCCGAGACGCCGAGCGGAGGAUUGAUAAGGUGUUGGAUGCAGCCAUGUUGGAUCAUGAGGCCAUUCCUGGAUUCGAAGAGGUGCGCUUCGAGGGCGAAUGGAAGUUCAUCAAGACGUUGGCGGGAAGCGUCAAAGGGAUUGGGCACGGUGGAUCGCUUUCGCAGGGCAUGGCUUCAAGUCCCAACAAUCGUGGCUCGCUCAGCCAGCUUUUUGGUAAUGGUCGUAGGGACGAUGCCCCGUCCCCAAAUCCUGGCAGCAUUACACCAGAAGCAACGUGGCUGUCGACAUCCCCUUCCAUUGGCAACGGUCGUCCAUCGAACUCUUUCGGCUCUUCCACCAUUGGCCAUUCCGGAUUUCGUACUGGCGGCAUCAGCGGUAGCGACAGUUCUCCACGCAAAGGAGGUCUCGGCGACUCGUUCCGCGCUAUCCGCCAAGUCUCCUACAACACCUCUGCAACCGACCUUCUCGCCGCUCCCUCGCCUCGAACCAUCAGCUCCUUGCUCUCGUCGACCCUUCAAGUGCUGCAGUUUUACGAAAUCAACCCCGCCAUCAUCAUUCAAGCGUUCUCUCAGAUCUUUUUCUGGGUCGGCUGCGAACUUUUUAACCGCGUUAUCUCCCGCAAGCGCUACUUGUGCCGUUCUCGUGCCAUUCAGAUCCGUAUGAAUGUCAGCGCCAUCGAAGACUGGGCUCGUUCCAACGCCUUACCGCUCGGAAUCGUUCAUGCGCAUCUGUCUCCCUUGUCGCAGCUCAUCUCGUGGUUGCAGUGCCAGAGCUCGUUGCAAGAGUUCGAUGGGCUGAUUUUAACCAUGCAAGGGCUGAAAGCGUUGACACCUGUACAGAUGAGGAGGGUGGUCAAGGAUUAUCGGUACGAAGUGGGCGAGACGAGGAUGAGUGAAGAGUGUUUGCAGUAUCUGGAUCAACUAAUUAUCGAUUGGAAGAGGAGGCAGGACGAUCAGGCCAGGCAGGCGAGGCUGGACGCAAGGGCGGUUCAGCACAGCAAGAGGAGGUUGAAGAACCCGAACUCGCAUCACCAGCGAUCGGGGACAGCAAAGCAGGAGGAUUAUUCGAACCCUGAGUCGAAAUCCCAGUCCUUGGAUCAGGAGAAUGGUAGGCAAGACGAUCAAGAUGACGACGAUGACGAGAUUGAGGAUGAUGACAAUGGCAUGCUUCCAAUUGGUCUCGGAGAGCAAGGUGAUGUCAGCAUCAACAGCAACGGCACGGCAAAGCUGUCACGUGGACACGACCAAGAACCGCUCACGGUGGCAGAGUCAAUCGCGCGCUCGGCUCAAGCCAUGAUCGACGGACUUUUCGCUCCGGGCAAGGGAAUGUCGGACUAUGUCCCACCAUGGACUGCCGCUGGACCGCCUCUGGGCAUUCACGACGACGGCGGCGCUGGUGGUGGAAGCGCUCCACCCUCGCCAGCAAAGGGGGAUGGCCUGUUGAAUAGCCGCGAGAUGCUGCCCUUUGCACUACCGUCUCGACGCAAUGCGCUCAUCGUUACACCAGGUGAUGCAUUUGGAUUUGGAAGAGGCCAUUUUACUGGGACGGGCACACCAUCGGUGCGUAGCGUCAACGGCGAUUCGCCUUCGAGCAAUCCUGGGUCCACAACCAGUUCACGUCGCUCGUCGAUCGCGUCGAGUGCGUCAAUCUGUCAUCUCCGAUCCAACAACGCCGACAUUGCUGGUCAACAACUGGACGGCGCUCAAGACGAAGAAAUGACAAGCGAGACGUCUUCGCGCACCGAUGCAUCCGGCGUCAGUCGAGCCAGCAGCCUGUUUCCACAAGGCAAAGGGUUUGCGGCUGGCGGAUACUGGUCGCCCGUACCACUCCUACCGGAGGGUAUGCUGGAUCGGAUCGAUGCGAUGCUCAAAGCUGCUGCUGCACUAGCGCCCACUCACAGUGAUAGAUCGAAAAAUAUCCUCCUUGCUGACCACACUUCUGACGAACACCUCCCCUUCACAACUCUGGCUUCUCCAAUAGAGGCAAGCGGAUUGCCAAGGUCGAGCAGAAUCAUCAUCCCACCCAGGGAAAACUCGAUCCUGCAGUCGCCCAAGAAGGAAUCGCUCGCUCGUCUACCCGGCUCAGCAGAUGGCGAUACGAGCUGGCAAGCUGACGAGUUUGGAACGCGCAUGCAGCUCUCGAUGCCCCGAGGCUUCGUGGCUGAUCAGCACGAGCAUGAUGUCACGACCCCCGGUCCGUAUCGAAAGGACACGCUCAAGUCUUCGCUCUUUUCAUGA